UUCUGAUCAAAUCGUUGGCAAGCUCCGCAGGAGGUCGAGCCGUCAGGCAAGCGCCAGAGGACGAGCAUGGCCGCUGCCGCACCGCCCGCACAGCCGAAGGCUACAGGGAAGGCGAGCGCGAAGCAGCCAGGGGCGCCGCCACCGACAGCAGUGCCGAAAGGCAAGGCGAAAGCGAAGGCUGCAGGGAAGGCUGCCUCCCAGGCAGCCGCGAGCAAGGCUGACCCCGUGAAGAACGCCAGGGCCCUGUACACCAAGUGCUCGCUGGUGACAUCGCAGGCCGAAUCGUUCCUCGAUCAGCUGACCAGGGACGAAUCGUGGGCUUUCGCAAGGAAGGCUGACAUGCAGAGCGAUCUAAUGAAGUACGUGAAUGACCUCAAGGACCUGAAGAGUAGCAACGCUUUGCUCCGCGAGGUGUUCUCCGUCGGCCUCAAAGCUUACGAGAAGUCGGCCGACACAGCCAGCUUCCACCAGGCGGUGAGCGACAUCAAUGAGAUGGAGUGCCAGAUCUCGCAGGUGGAGUGUGAGAUGGCCUACCUGAUUUAGGCCAAGGAGCU